AUGAUACAACUACUUAACGACGGAGAAGACAAUGGCAAAUGCGAGCUUCUUGGACCGUUUGGUCUCUUUGUGCAGGCCCUGAUGGCCGUGCUCACAAUGGGGUCUCUCGUUUGGAAGAGAUACCAUGAACGGCCACAUCGCCGACCUUGGCGUAUUUGGAUGUACGACGUCUCCAAACAAGUCAUUGGGGCAUCGUUUGUCCAUAUCACCAACUUGUUUCUCAGUAUUAUCUCCAAGAUAAGACUCCAUGUCUUCACGGUCAAGGGCAACCCAAAGAGGAUAUGCGACAACCCAUGUGACUACUAUUUCCUCAAUCUACUAUUCGACACCACCAUUGGAAUACCAAUACUCUACUUCUUCAUUGUGGGCAUUACUGGCGUCCUCAAGGGGAUGCACAUCCAUGGCUUGAAUUCAGGAGAGUAUGGCGACCCGCCCCUACUCUCAAACUACGCCAAGCAGUUGGUGGUGUAUUUGGUGAGUUUGGGCCUUACAAAGCUGUCGGUGUAUGUGCUCAUGCUGUCCUUCCCCAUCCUUGUACGAGUCGCCAUCUGGAUGUUAUCAAGACUCGACCCAUAUCCGAAUGUCCAGGUGGGGUUUGUCCUGCUUGUUUUCCCGCUUAUUAUGAACGUCUUCCAGUGCUAUGUCGUAGACAACUUGAUCCAGAGCCCCGUGUAUCACUCAUCCAAUAAAGACACGUUGCUCGGAGACGUGGAGGAAGGUCUCCCGGAGCACUACGGAAGUGCAGGGUCGAACGAUUGCGUCGAGUAG